AUGGCGAGUGCUGACCGGAAAGAGCCUGAUACUGCUAUCCCGCCGCACAAGGAGGUUGCUGAUGAGGAAGGCCUUGGCCCCUCUUCCUCCCGUGGCAAGGCAUGGAUGUACAGGUGUCCCAAGAUCGGCCCGCUGACCCUGCCCUGCUACGCCUCCCCCAUCUCCCAAUUGCUCAUCGUCUCCUUUGUGUGCUUCCUCUGCCCGGGCAUGUUCAACGCUGUGAACGGCCUGGGUGGUGGUGGGCAGAUUGACGGCCACGAUGUCAACAAAGCAAACACCGCCCUGUACUCCACCUUCGCUGUUGUGGGCUUCUUUGCCGGUUCUAUUGCCAAUCGUUUGGGCCUUCGCCCGACCUUGUUCUUCGGUGGCUUCGGCUACUUUCUCUAUGUCGCGUCUAUCUUGUCCUACAACUUCAACAAGAACACCGGCUUUCUUAUCUUUGCUGGCGCCCUUCUGGGUGUCUGUGCCGGCUGCUUGUGGACUGCCCAGGGCGCCAUCAUGAUGAGCUAUCCCGACGAGCAUUCCAAGGGCAAAUUCAUCUCUUGGUUCUGGAUUAUUUUCAAUUUGGGUGGUGUCAUUGGAAGCUUGGUUCCUCUCGGCCAAAACAUCCACAGCAAAGCCAAUGCCGUCAACAAUGGAACUUACAUUGCCUUCAUGGUUCUCAUGUUCCUUGGCUUCGUGCUUGCCUUCACUCUGGUCAACCCAAAGUAUGUUCGCCGUGUUGAUGGCUCCAGCGUCAUUCUCAUGAAGAACCCCUCCUGGAAAUCUGAACUGUUGGGCCUUGUCCAUGUCUUGCGCACUGAUGCCUACAUUGUCUUCUUUUUCCCAAUGUUCCUUGCCAGCAACUGGUUCACCACCUAUCAGUUCAAUGCCGUCAAUCUGCCCAAGUUCAACAUCCGCACCCGUGCUCUGAACAAUGUUCUCUACUGGCUCUUCCAGAUGGUGGGUGCCUUUGUCUUCGGCUACCUGCUCGACAUCAAGUCCCUUCGCCGCACUCUGCGUGCCCGCGCGGGUCUCGUGCUCCUUUUCGCCCUCACCAUGGGGGUGUGGGGCGGUGGCUGGGCGUUCCAGAAGGGCUAUGAUCGCAAAGACAUCACCGAAUCCACUCACCGCAUCGACUGGGAAGACAGAGGCUAUGUUGGCCCCAUGUUUCUCUAUCUCUUCUACGGCUUCUACGAUGCUGCCUUCCAGACCUGCUGCUACUGGUUCAUGGGGUCUCUGACAAACAAUAGCCGUAAACUGGCCCACUUCGCCGCUUUUUACAAGGGUAUCCAGUCCGCUGGUGGAGCGAUCACAUGGCGUCUCGACACUUUGAAUGUUUCGUACAAGGUCUACUUCGGCUCCACCUGGGGUCUCCUCGCUGGAUCUCUGGUUGUCGCGGCGCCCGUCGUGUUCUGGAAGAUCAAAGACACUGUCAACCUCGAGGAAGAUAUCAAAUUCUCCGACGAAGUCCUCGAAGACGUUGCUGCUCCGCAUGUCUUGGAACAUAACGAGAAGUAA